AUGGCCAGAACUUCCCCAACCUUCAAUCUCACGUCGCACGUUCAUCUCGGCCGGUACUACAACUUCACUGGUCAUCUUAAGCAGUGCGGACGAAAGGAAAGGAAUCACGUCAAGUGCGAUGAAGGUGGCGAAUUUUGGCUUGAAUGCAGCAUCAACUUCAAAAUGGAUAGGAUCAAUUCAGAAGCCAUCUACAGAAAUAUGUGGGGGUUGCUCAGCAUUGGAGGUCCAUGGGAAGGACUCAUACAUGCCAUGCGCAGCACUGGCCCACACCCACAAGUUGGGGCAAUGGCAUUACCACCCAGUGCUGCUCUAUAUGCUUCUACUCCAACAACACGUCAUGAUCGAAACCAGGAUGUUUUGAAUGUUUGCCUACUUGAUGGAAAGGAGCUGAUGACGAAAGAACAGAUUAACGCAUUCGAUGAUCUGCAAACUGAUCUGAUUGGCCCAGAGGAAGAGGCUACCCUUGAUCCACCAACACGGGAUGAAAAUGGAGUAUUAAGGGGGGGAACAUGGUUUGAAAGGACUGGUGCAGUUGGAAUUAAUGGAACCCGUUGCUAUCCCAUGGGUUCCACAACCCAACGCACACGCGCAAUGUGGAGUCCCCACUGGUUUGGCAAAUUACUUGACUUUAUGGAUGAGCAACUAGCUUUUAGAAAGAGGUUCAUCAAGCUACAUGCUGAAAUCGGCGCCCUCGCAAUGAAGAUUUGUCUUCCAAACCACGUACAAGACCUCUAUCAACGCUACACAUCUGCAGCCAACAUACCAAGACUAGGAGUUGAUGACAACUAUUAUUUUCAAGCAUUACAGCUGAAUAUUUCACCUGCAAUACCUUGGGAGAGGCAUUUUGUUAUAGAUACCUCCCUGGUGGGGAUGGGGGUUUUUGGGCAAAUGCAUGGUCACCGUGACACUGGAGACGAUGCUGCAGGUUAUACCUGCAUGAUGUCCAACACCAAUGUCCCAGAAGGUGGUGGAACUGAAAUGGGGAGAUUCUUCGUUCUGAACAAUCUCAUUUAUGUGAAGAUGGUUCGCUUUAGCUUGCCCAUAUUCAAUGGGCUCUUCUUGCAUGGGGGCUCACCAAUCAUUCUUGGACGUGGCAUUGAGUUGAAAAAAAACUUGUAUCGGAUCAACGCCGUUCUAUAUUCACCACGUUUCAUGCUUUCUGGAGCUGGUCAAUACUCUAUCGGGUUCGCCAAGGCGACAUCAUUGCUAAAACUGAGAAAAUCUAGCACCAAUAAAGGGACGAUAACAAGGGAGGCUAACUUUGUCCGAGACGGUAUUAUCCUUAUGGAACCUAAGUCAUUGUUCAACUUUGUCAUCUGGGGCCUACUUCAAAUUUCUGCCUAUAUUGUUCGUCAGCUUCCAUUGCCUAUGGGUGUACGAAUAGACCAGGCAAAGUUUACGUCUGCAUUCACCAUGCAAGACAAUAUGACAACCAUCACUGCUGAACCUUGGCCUGAAGCUCCAGAUGGUUCGGUCUCUGAUCCCAUUUUACCAGGGGAGAUUGAGGUUGAUGGGAUGGAUCCAUCUGUCAAAGCAGCUCAUAUUCGCAAAAAAAUCCACAUGGAAUGGAUUGACCACAAAGCCAAUAUGGCCAGCUUUAUACCAUCCCAGUGGGGCCACGUUAAGGACUACACAGAUACGACAAGUCAAGAUACAGAAGUUGAUAGGCCAAAACAUGUGGGUGGUGGCAUCAGCAGGAAAAACAAGAAUGAAGGUCAAAACCGGGAGAGGGAGCUUCAACAUUGUUACUGA